UAUUUGCGUGCAAAUUCUGCUCAAGGAAUUUUCUUAUCAGCAGAUCCUUCUUUUGAUUUGCUUGCAUUUUGCGAUGCAGAUUGGGCUGCGUGUCGAGAUUCACGCAGAUCUAUGAGUGGCUUCUUUAUUACUCUUGGGGGUGCUCCUAUCUCGUGGAAGUCCAAAAAGCAGGUCUCCAUCUCACUUUCUUCCGCCGAGGCGGAAUACAGAUCCAUGAGAAAGAGCCUUAAAUCAUUUCUUAUGAAGACUGCAUCUGGGCCAUUGAUUUUAGAGAAGCCAGCUGUGAAGAAGAAGAUACGCAAAAAUCACAAGGCCUUUCUAAAUCUACUCUCUCUCUCUCUUCCUUCUGGAUUCUUCAUCUUCUUCAUCGUCAUAUCUUCCAUUUUCCAAUGUCUGCAAAUACACAUAGUACCCUCAACUCUCAACUUAUGGGGCGUACUCUCCGAAUCAAAGCGCAUAAUCAAUGCCCACUCUCGCCAUUUCUUAGCUCUUUCAGUUCUCUUCCUUUUGCCUCUCUCUUUCUCACUCAUCACCUACCCUUCUCUUCAAAUCACUCUCCUUCAAUCCGGUUUCACCAUCUUCCGACCCGAAAACACCCACCUUUCAGCUUUCCCAGAUGACCCAACCCGGAUUCUUAUUCCCCUUGUAUUCACUCUCUUUACUGUUCUUCUUUCAGUUUUAGCUAUUGCUACAAUCACCUACAGCAGGCUUUAUGGUAGACCUGUUAAGCUAGUUUCAUCACUUAAAUCGGUUUUAUUUUCUUUUUUUCCUAUUAUUUCGACCCUUUUCGUUUCAAAUGCUGUUGUUGGGUUUAUUACCAUCUUUUUUGCAUUUUUCUUGGUGUUUGUGGUUAAGGGGUUGGAGUUUCUUGGACUAGAAAUGGUCUAUGAUUCAUAUUACUUCAUGGGCUUGGUUAUUUGUUUCGGUUUAGUGCUUGUAUGGGUCUUGAUUUGGCUGCAGGUUAAUUGGUCAUUAGCUUAUGUGAUUGUAGUAGUUGAAUCUAAAUGGGGUUAUGAACCUUUGAGGAGAAGUGGUUAUUUGAUAAAGGGGAUGAAGUUGGUUGCUUUAUCAAUAGUGUUGUUUUUUGGGGUUUUAAUAAGCUUAUUGGUGGUUGGUUGUUCGAGUUUUUUGGUUACUUUAGGAGAGGCAAGUGGUAGGUGGACGAGUUUUGGGGUUAUAUUUCAAAUGGUAGUGAGUUCAGGAUUUGCAACUCUGAUGCUUCAGAGUCUUGCUGCGAACGUGGUGUUGUACAUGUAUUGCAAGGCGUAUCGUGGGGAGUUAGCGUUCGAGAUCGCGGAGGAGUUUGCGAGUGAGUAUGUGUGUUUGCCUUUUGAUAAUGAGAAGGUUCCUCGUCUUGUUUGUGUUGUUCAAGAUUGAAUGUGCCUAAGGUCAGUGAGAUUAUGUUAGGAUGAUGCAUUUAGUAGUUUGGAGAGGUAGUGUUUUGUUUUACUCAAAGCAUGUAUAUAGUUUCUUGUUUGUUAGAUAAAUGAUGGAAGAUGUGUGUUACCUGUUGGCAAUGUGCAUCGUUAUCUGUAAUAAGCUCUUAAUACUGAUAUGAAUUUUCCUUCUAGUUUUCCACUUUUCAUGUAUCACCCUAGUAUGAAAUCUGAAGUUAGGUUGAAUAUUAUGUCCAGCUUAGGUGCAGUGGUAUCUCAUUACCUUGCUCUUGAGACUUGUGAGAUCUAACUUGAUUUGAAGUUGUGGAAAAAA